CAGAAUAACUUUUUGGGAUAAUACUAAGAUUUGGCUUAAAGAUUUACCUUAUCAUUUUUUUCACUGAUACAUCUCCUCGCUGUUCCCUGCAGAUAUCUCAUACUGUAUGACCCAACUAUCGGGUAAUGUAGUUCAGAGGUUGGUUUAUAAGAUGGCUGAGAGGGACCAGUGGCAAAUCGUGGCUGAUCUCAUCAGGGCAUGGAGGCAGGCAAAUCCAGGAAGUAAAACCAUGGCCGAGAAACUUCACAUUAAUAACGUGAUUAGUUCUAACAGUUUGUUCACGAGGUCAGGAAUGAAAUCUGAGGUACUGCUUGACAAUGGAGCCCGCCUGAGGCCAUCACGCAAGGGAGCUGACGAGCCAGUCAGUGUGGCCGUUGAGAGGAAAGAAUUUCGGGUCAUUUCCGUUUUGCUUGAUCAUAGCUUAAGCCCGAAAAACAUCCAACGGAGCACAGGGGACCCUCCACUACAUGUGGCUCUGAAGGUGGCUUUGGACUGGGAUAAAGGUUACUUUGAACUAUUCGAGAAGCUUCUGGAGCUGUUUGUUCAGGGUGGUCCGGCGUACAGCUACCUCAGUCCGUCAAUUGCAGAUAAACAUGGCAACACGUUGUUAGAUGUGAUAGGAAAGUACGGAACCAGCUGCCACACAGAACGGGCUGUCGAUCUCCUGAGGCGCUGGACGCAAACCAGGGGUGACGAUCAACCAACGAUGUCGCCUGUGCAAGGGGACAGAUUAACCAUGGGCAUCAAAACAGCUCAAGGCAAGGUCGUAAAAGCAAGGCAGUCAGCUGCAGACAAACCAAACGCCAGUUCAUCGUCAAAAACUGUUAUUAUAGACUUUAUUAACAGAGAAAGUGAAGAUUGGACAAAAGAAGAUGAACCACUAGCAUUAGAGAAGAAAAGAUCAUAUUUGGAUAACAAGGCAAAUUCAGGGAAUAGCAUUGUUUCGCUUCCUGCCCACAAAAUUGAAAAAGGCAAUGCAGAAAUGGUCGACAACGAAACGAAUAAACCACUAAACUUGGAGACAGAUUUUGAACUUGACACCAGAGUAUUUGAUCACUUGGCAUGGGAAGUGGAAUGCCCGGAUGACGUUUGGAGAACUUUUCAAGACAGAAAAUGGCCCUAUGGGUUGAAAAAGAAAGCUAUUGAUGCAAUUCAGCGCUUGGGUGAAGGUGAAUGGACUGACUCCUUAUCUAAACGCGUCCAGUAUGUAUCUGCAGAUCUCAAACUUUUCGAGGCUAAGAUAUCCAAAGGCGCCCGCAUUCUUUGGGAGUUGGCAAUUUCUUUUUCGCCCAGGCUUUCACACGAGCAAAAGCCCUAUUAUUUAGAGAUUAUUCGAGUGUGGGAUAUUGUCCUGGAUCACGACAAGCUCUCCCAUCGGAUCCGGCGAGUGGAAAAGUCCCAUAGAAAGGGACAAACGUACCUCCGCUCGCCGAAACUUGUGAGGGUACCAACGUCGCGACCGUCUAAGACAGACAAUACUAGGUAUCGUCUUCCGCAAAGGUUCACGGAAGCGCCAGAGGAAGAAUGCGCAGAAGUGGUCCUUUCACCUGCAGCCAAUCCGAACGACAACGAGUACAAUGUACUGAAAUUCUACCACUUCUCAUCAGAUGUUGUCCGCCGAAUCCUACAGCAAACGAAUGAAAACAUUGACUUUCCGUUUAAAGUAACAGCUGUUGAACAAAAUAUUAUCAGUGUCCGUCCGGAAUCAGCCCUUCUCUUGGCAGGACGCAGCGGGACAGGGAAAACAACAUGUUGUUUGUACCGUCUUUGGCAUAGCUACAAAGCAUACUGGAGCCAGGCACUUUGCGAAGAACCCCUUAUUCCGCGGGGGAAUCCAGCGGAAGCUUCAGGUUGCGGCUCUUCUUUGAAGCCAGCGGUUAACUACAGGGUCGACUUGAAGAAUAAUGCUUCUAGCAGCGGACUCGCCAAACAAGCGUCACAUCAUGAAACUCUAGGCCAUCUUCAGCAGCUCUUUGUCACAAAGAAUGGAAUAUUGCUCUCAGAAGUCCACAAGAAGUUCAAUGAACUGAGGAACGGUUGUGAUCUAAACAGUCUUUAUAGCAGACCAGACAGUCUUCUGUCGAAUAAACUGCAGGAUAUACCCAGUCACAAGUACCCACUCUUCGUAACGUCACGCAAACUCCUUUUGAUGUUAGAUGCCUCUUUGCCUGGGGAGACCUUCUUUGAGAGAUCAGAGAAUGGUACCUCAGCGGCAGACGACAUGUGUCUGUCCGGUGCUGAGAGCUCAUCACCAUGUCUUUUGGAAGCCCGUCUUUCUGGUAACGCAACGUCUUUGGGAAAAAUCAGUAAGCGACUGGUCACUUACGACGUGUUUGUAGUAGAACUUUGGCCGAAGAUCAGGGCAAAGUCAAAAUUCCAACCAUCUUUGGUAUGGACAGAAAUUUUCACGUUUAUCAAGGGAUCAUUCCAGUCCCUUCUCAGCCAGAAAGGUUAUUUAACAUCAGCACAAUACCAAGAAGUAGGCAGAAAAUGUGCCCCAAGCUUUACAGGUAAUCGAGGUGACAUUUACAAAAUAUUUACAAAUUACGAGACAGAAAGGAAGCGAAACGGAUUGUUCGACGAGUGCGAUCUCAUACUUAACCUUCACAGGAGGCUAGAUAAGAAUGUGCUUGGUUGGAAAGUCGAUGAGAUGUACGUUGAUGAAACGCAGGAUUUCACUCAAGCAGAACUGAGCCUUCUUAUUAGGCUUUGUGAGAGUCCUAACAAUAUGUUUCUGUCAGGUGACACAGCCCAGGCCAUCAUGCGAGGGAUAUCCUUCCGCUUCGCUGACCUCAAAUCACUUUUCUACCACACCCACGACGCCUUGCCUUCAAGUCGCGUGACAAUUCCGAAACAAGUGUUCCAGUUGACAGACAACUAUCGCUCCCACCAAGGAAUCCUUUCUCUCGCUAGCAGCAUUGUUGAUCUCAUGGUCGACUUCUUCCCUGAAUCAGUUGAUCUUUUGGACAGAGACCAGGGUGUGUUUCCUGGUCCUUCACCGAUUCUUCUGGAAUUUUGCAGCUCCAAAGAUCUGGCGGUUUUACUAAAGGAUAGCCAGCGAUUGACAUCAGCCAUAGAGUUUGGAGCACACCAAGCAAUCGUGGUUGUCAAUGAAGCAGCACGUUCGAGCAUUCCAGAAGAGCUGCGGGCUGGCUUGGUUCUGACCAUUGAAGAGUCCAAGGGUCUGGAAUUUGACGACAUUCUCCUCUACAACUUUUUCAAAGAUUCUGACGCUAACGAUGAAUGGAGAAUUGUCACAUCGUAUCUGCACCGAUUGGCGACUGCUAGAGACGAACCCCAGGCCGCUGGGCCCAGUACACCUGCACCGGUAGAGAUCGAUCAAGAAGCAAUACAGACGUCAGCUUGCCGACCACUGGCAUUUAACCCUAUGAAGCACAGGGUUCUGUGCUCGGAGUUCAAGCGGCUGUACACAGCGAUAACCCGGGCUCGUGUCAAUCUGUGGAUUUACGAUGAAGACGAGAAAAGCCGUGCAUCGGUUUUCGAUUACUUCAAAGCGAGAUGCUUGUUCGGCCGACUGGACCUGGAGAGGCGACCAGUUCAUGGAGCGCCAUUCAUAUGA